CUCACGCACACCAGAUCAGAGCACUCCCAAUGACAGCAAAGAGAGACACACGACACGAACGCAGCCGUCAGUCAGACAGCCAGACACUCAACCACACACGAGAGUCACAAGCUUCGCCCCUCCCGCUGUCUUUCAGCCCAAAGACACCCAUGGCUGAGUGCACCGAGAGACGUGAUCUGUCUUCCCUCACGACGACAAGAGCAAAGAACCAAGGAAAAUUAUUCAAGAAAUGACAAAGAACUAAGAAAUCAUGAAACCCGCAGUGGACGACGCUAUUCUGCCGCCUCGUCAGUCAGUAAGUCAGUCUGUCUGUCUGUCUGUCCGGCUGUGUGCCUGCGUCUCUGCACAAAAGAAAAACACUCUCUCACACACGAAUCCAUCAGACGACAUCACCACAGACAGACCACUCAAGGAGGACAGAGAGACACACAACACACACGCAGCCGUCAGUCAGAUGGCCACAACACUCAGCCACAAAGGGGAGAGAGAGAGAGAGAGAGACAUCCGAGAGGCACAGACGAGGCAUUCAGGCAAACACAGCGGCCGUCAUCACCGCACCCCCUCCCCUCUCUCUGUCAGCGGCCCGCACAGACACACUGCCCCGCCCGCCCCCGGCCAUUCUGUGUAUGUCACGUCUGCACACACACUGACAGACAGCGAGACCACACGAAACAUAACGUCGUCCCUGCACAUAAAAGCAGCAGCGUCGAUCUCACUCUGUGGGUGGGGGCGGGGGGGUGUAAGUGAAUUAGUAGGCACACGACAGACACACCAUGACUCUCUCCCUUCCCCUCCUCCCGCUGACGCUCAGAGUCCCAAGCCGGGGCCCACGGGGGCCUGAUCCGAGGCGCAUAGGAAGUUGUUGCCACACACUCCCUGAGGCUCGAGAUCGAGCAGGAGGCAGUCAAAAUCUUCCAAGCAUUGAACGCGUCGCACUGCGCAUUGGGCGCCCGUCUGGGCGGCUCGCAUGGUGCCGCCCUCGUUGAACAUAACCGUGAUGCCGAUAAAAAGACCGAAUGGUCCAAACCGAAUGAGUUGGACAGUCGUAAUUGUCUCCCCAUCAGGUGUGACAAAUCCUUCCGCUGUCAAUAUUCCGUCUGCGUCAUCAGGGAUGGUCUGCAUUGAGUCGAGUCAUCCAUAUGGCCGUACACACACCAGGUGCGCUCUGCUUACCACUUGGACGACGGUCACACUGCCAUCCAGCUCACCCACGACAACAUCGCCGAUUUUGGCCACUACGACUACACCGUCAGCAGACACAGUGGUGUUACUCCAGGCCAGUUCUGACACGAUUCCAAUCUGACACGACACACGAUUGCACAUCACAGGCCUCCCGUGGGUGUCGAAUAAUCCACGGCCUCGAUGGAUUCAGUGCCGUCGAGUGCGCACCUGGGACCGGAGAUCGGUGAGAGUCGGAAUGCCAGUGUUUGCACAUCCGUCCAUGAUAAACUGAUCCUCGGAACACACACAUCUGCAGACAAACAAACAGGACAGUGUCAUGCAGCCAAGGGGUCAAGAGGUCACGGCCGGCCGUGUGUGUGAUCGUACUCGACGUGUGGCGGGUGCAAUCGCCUCUUCUCGGCCCCGGCCGCGGUGUCAUUGGCGCUGGUCAAGGUGGGCGCUGUGUUGGGGCGGAGGAGGCCGGCACCGCUCGCGGCACACAGCGGCACCAGCCACGGGGGAAAGGCUAACGCCACACAGACGGCCAGAGAGCACACCAGACAGACAGACAGACAGACAGACAGGUGUAAGAGUGGUGUGGUGUGUGGGGGCGGUGCCCACCUGCCAGUGAGACCACGAGCCGCAGGGCAGCGGGGGACAGCACAGACGACCGCAUCACUGAGGCCUCCUUGGUCAGUGAGUGGGGGGAGGGAGACUGCAGCCGACAAGAGAGAACACAGCACUGUCAGGCAAAGCUUUGCC